GGCCGCCGAGCUGCUGGUUCCGCCGCCUCCCGCCUUGUUGCCGGGGUGAGGAGCGCGGAAUCUGCCGCCCGGAAGUCGCCUUGUUGUGCGGUCGCUCGCUCGCUGCAAGAUGGCGUCGGUGUGGGAUGAGUCCGAGGACGGCGUCGGCGAGGAGGUGCUCAAGAUGUCCACGGAGGAGAUCGUGCAGCGCACGCGCCUCCUCGACAGCGAGAUCAAGAUUAUGAAGAGUGAAGUAUUGAGAGUGACUCAUGAGCUUCAAGCCAUGAAAGACAAGAUUAAAGAGAACAGUGAGAAGAUCAAAGUGAACAAAACCCUGCCAUACCUUGUCUCCAACGUUAUCGAGCUGCUGGAUGUUGACCCCAAUGACCAGGAGGAGGAUGGAGCAAAUAUUGACCUGGAUUCCCAGCGAAAGGGCAAGUGUGCUGUGAUCAAGACAUCUACACGUCAGACAUAUUUCCUGCCUGUUAUUGGGUUGGUUGAUGCUGAGAAGUUGAAGCCUGGAGACUUAGUGGGGGUGAAUAAAGACUCGUACUUGAUCUUGGAGACUUUACCUACUGAAUAUGAUUCACGAGUGAAAGCCAUGGAAGUGGAUGAGAGACCCACAGAGCAGUACAGUGACAUCGGGGGGCUGGAUAAGCAAAUCCAAGAGCUCGUGGAGGCCAUUGUCCUGCCAAUGAACCAUAAGGAAAAGUUUGAGAACUUGGGUAUUCAGCCACCCAAAGGAGUCCUGAUGUAUGGGCCUCCAGGAACAGGGAAGACACUGUUAGCUCGAGCGUGUGCUGCCCAGACCAAGGCCACGUUCCUGAAGCUUGCGGGUCCACAACUUGUGCAGAUGUUCAUUGGUGACGGAGCUAAGCUGGUACGUGAUGCUUUCGCUCUAGCCAAGGAGAAAGCUCCUUCCAUCAUCUUUAUUGACGAACUGGAUGCCAUUGGCACUAAAAGGUUUGACAGUGAGAAGGCUGGUGAUCGGGAGGUGCAGAGGACCAUGCUGGAGCUGCUUAAUCAACUUGAUGGUUUCCAGCCCAACACACAAGUCAAGGUGAUUGCUGCAACCAACCGGGUUGAUAUCUUGGACCCAGCUUUGCUCCGCUCUGGACGAUUAGAUCGCAAGAUUGAGUUCCCGAUGCCGAAUGAGGAGGCCAGAGCCAGAAUCAUGCAGAUCCAUUCACGCAAAAUGAAUGUCAGCCCUGAUGUGAACUACGAGGAACUGGCUCGCUGCACAGAUGACUUCAAUGGAGCCCAGUGUAAGGCUGUGUGUGUUGAAGCAGGGAUGAUUGCCCUCCGCCGUGGAGCCACAGAGCUCACCCACGAGGACUACAUGGAAGGAAUCCUGGAAGUUCAAGCAAAGAAAAAAGCCAAUCUGCAGUACUAUGCCUGAUCUCUGCCCAGUCAAGGUUGUGGCCUUGGCAGAGGACAGGACUAGACUGGACUGUACCACUUACUUUCUGUCUGGAAAAAAUAAAGCAUUUUUUCCCUCUAAAAACAAA